ACGUCGGUUCCCGCCGGCAUGAAGCUGCGGGUUCGGAUCCGGCGGCAGACCAGCCGCGUGGAGUUGCUAGGAGACGAGCCCGGCGUGACGGAGCUGCGUGACGUCAUCAGAGGAAUGCUGACGUCAUCACAUGGACUCAGUCCCGACUCCGAGUUCUGCUUGUCUCUGAACGGGUCUUCCGACCUGGACUCGGGUCAGACUCUGGCGUCCUGCGGCGUCGUCUCCGGAGACCUGAUCUGCGUGCUGCUAACGCCGGGGGACGAGGAGGCCGCCGCUGCGGCCGCACCCGCGCCCGUCACCGCCGCCUCAGACCCGACCCCCAGGUCCACCAACCCGACCCCCAGGUCCACCAGCACCACCGGCCAGGCGUCCAGCGCCCCCCAGCCCUGCAGACCUGCAGACCCCCAGCCCUGCAGACCUGCAGACCCCCAGCCCUGCAGACCUGCAGACCCCCAGCCCAGCGGUCCCCUCCAGCCCUGCAGGACCCCGGUCUGGGAGCCCCUGCUCUGCAGCGAGGCGGAGAACGGCCAGGCGCCGCUGUCCCUGGACCUGCUGUACCACGACGCCGCGCCCGCUAGCCCCAACGACGCCGUGGUGGUGGCGAUGCACCUGCUGAUGCUGGAGACCGGCUUCACCUGCCGGGACCACGGGGACCCGCGGCCCGGAGAGAUGCCGGCCGGCUGGCGCUCCGCCGCCGGCCUCUACCGCCUGCAGUACCUGCACCCGCUGACCCAGGCCACGCCCACCACGCUGGUGGGCGUGGCCAUGGGCGCCCUGCUGGUCGUCAACGCGACGAUGAAGGUGACGGACGCCAUCGACACGGUGCUCAAGCUGCAGCUCAGCGCUAGCAGCUACGCGACGGGGGAGUGGCCAGGAAGUGCAGCCGCCGUCUACCGGGACCUGAAGAAACUGUCCCGGGUCUUCAAGGACCAGCUAGCGUACCCGCUAAUCGCCGCCGCCCGCGAAGCCAUGUCUCUGCCGGUGGCCUUCGGCCUGCCCGUCCUCCCCCCGGAGCUCCUCCUCCGAGUCCUGCGUCUGCUGGACGUCCGGUCCAUGGUCCGUCUGUCCGCCGUCAGCCGACACUUCAACGCCGCCGCCAACGACUCCUCGCUGUGGAGACACCUGUUCCUCAACGAGUUCCCAGGUGAGACGGCCGACCGACCCGGGUCUGUCCCGAGUCUGUCCCUCCGAGUCUCUCUGGAGAACCUAAAAAUAGACACCGACUGGAAAGAGCUUUAUAAGAAGUCGUUCAAGAUCCGCUCCAUCCACCGCGCCCAGCUGCACCGCCACCUCCCGCCGUGUCUCCCCCGGGACAUCUACGGCCCCCUGAGACCCAUACCGUCCCCCCUGAUCCCCCCCCUGGUCCCCGGGAUCAUCGGGGGGGAGUACGACCAGAGGCCCCGCCUCCCCCAGGGCCUGCUGCCCCUCCCCCGCUACGACCCCAUCGGCCCCGGCAUGGACCGGAUCGGACCGGAUCGACCCCCCCUCCGAGGACCGGACCGGCCCCUCCGCGGACCGGUGGGAGGACGACCGGCCAACAUCCGCCGAGGCUUCAUCUGAUCCAGAACUGGUGGCUGUCAUGUGACUGGGGGGCGUGGCCUAUCAGGCUGCCAUGUGACUGGGGGGCGUGGCCUAUCAGGCUGUCAUGUGACUGGGGGGCGUGGCCUAUCAGGCUGCCAUGUGACUGGGGGGCGUGGCCUAUCAGGCUGUCAUGUGACUGAAGUUGUAUGUCUGACAGAAUAUGUUCCUCUUUCCUUUUUGUUGCUAUAAAGC